UUUUAAGUUUCCUUUAAGAAUUGUCCUUUGUUGUGUUUCGAUUGUUGAGUUGGCGCUAACCGUGUGCCUGCUUCGGUUUUCAGUGGAACCAAUCGAAGUACAUAAUGACGUUAUCAUUGCGGUCGAACGCAACUCGAUGUAUGAUAAUGCAAAUAACAAAGCGUGGCUUUAUCUAAAGCGACAGCACAAGCGUUCCGACGGCGGUGCGCUACGGUCGACGACAGCGACGGUCGCUCUCCGCUCGACACCCGGCGUGUGUCACUCGAAACCAUCAACACAACGGGACUCCGACGUUCAUAAACACAAUCAGAAAAGCAUUCACGAGCCAGACGAAACGCGUGCACCACGUGCCCGUCUAAUAUUAGACCGAAAGUAAAUACGUUAUUGGAUCGCCUCACGACUACCGCACACCAAGAAAGCGCGCGCCCACAUGGACAAUAUUUCCGUGUUAAAAUCAUAAAUGUUUUUUUCAAUAUAUUCAGUGAAAAGAAACAAUGAGUAUCCGGAGCAAGUGGAGGGAAUAUGUCGCUGCACUCAGUGCGACGCUGAUCACGGCGGCGGCGGGCACGACCGUGGGCUGGACGUCGCCAACGCUGCCUCUCCUUAUGGACAAAGAUUCGCCCAUACAAACUACAGCUGAUCAGAGCUCAUGGAUCGCCUCCCUCAUGAUAUUAUGCUCAGCUGUCAGUCCGAUACCGGCAUCGUACCUCGCAGAUAGAAUAGGUACCAAGAAAACGUUACUUCUGGCAGCUGUCCCAUACAUCGUUGGCUGGAUUCUGGUUAUGCUGGCGAGCAAUGUACCGACGAUCUACGUAUCCAGGUUGAUAUCUGGACUUGGGUACGGCAUAGCAUACACCGCCGCGCCCAUGUAUUUGGGUGAGAUAGCUUCAAACGAAGUCAGGGGAGCAAUGGCCACCCUCAUCACUGUUAUGUCUAAGUUCGGAAUCCUGUCGCAGUAUUGCAUCGGGCCGUACGUGUCGAUGCUUGGCCUCGCCAGCUUCAACAUAUCUAUUCCAAUCCUUUUCGUAGUUACCUUCAGCGCAAUGCCCGAAUCUCCAUAUUAUUAUUUGAAAUCGGGACAACACAACUUAGCAGAAGUAUCUCUAAAGAAACUCCGGGGAAGAGGUUUUAUGAGAGAAGAACUAGAUUGUAUGUCACAUCUAGUCAAUGAGAAUAUGAAAGAGAAGAGUAGAUGGAAGGAUUUAGUGGCAGUUGGUGGUAAUAAGAAAGGACUUAUUAUAUUAUUAGGUAUAUAUUUCACGCAACAGUUUUGUGGAAGUACGGCUAUAAUAGCGUAUGCUCAGCAAAUAUUCGGUGCUGCAGAAGGUGGGCUGGGAGCUAAAGAAUCUUGUAUAUUAUUCGGAACCGUACAAUUGUUAACAUCAGCGAUAUCUUCACAGCUAGUCGAUAGAUUAGGAAGGAAGCCAUUGUUGUUAGUAUCAUCGUGCGGAGUCGGUAUAGCAAAUAUUAUUAUAGGAGCUUACUUUUUUAUGAAACACGAAAACAGUGAAUACGUCGUUAAUUUAAGCUAUAUUCCUGUCAUUGUGAUACCUAUUUUUAUAUUUUCUUAUACUAUAGGAUUAGCAACAGUACCGUUUGCUAUAACUUCGGAAAUAUUUCCAACGAAUAUCAAAUCGAAAGCAACGUGUGUGAUACAAAUAUUUGUAGCUUUAAUGACAUUUGCUGUUACUAAAUUGUACCAGGUGAUUGCAGAUAAUUUAGGAAACUAUGUAGCAUUUUGGUGUUUCGGAUUGUUAUCAGUAGGUGGCGUUGUAUUUAUAUUAAUCCUUUUGCCGGAAACAAAAGGGCAAUCGUUUGCUGCUAUCCAAGAUAAACUGUAUUCCAAUGAGAAAGUUGUAUACGAGAAGCAAGAUGAUCAUAUGAGCAGGGUCAAAAUUAAUAUAUAAUCGAAAAUUGAUUAAGUCUUCCAAGUAGUAAAAUAUGAAGGUGCAUUUUUUGAUAUCUUUUAUCUAGUAAUUAUCAAUACUAAUUAUCCGUCCUCGGCGGUGGAACAUUCCGUGCCUUAAAGUUUUACGAUUGUCAAUAGUACGUUAAAAUACACAUGAUUACGACAAAUUAAAGACUAACAUCAUGUACUUAAACUUGUACUUAUGUGUGGAUGAAAGCGUCCCUGAAAACCCCGAUCACACAGGACUACAAUAAUUACUAAAAGUGUUUAUAAAUUGUAUUAAUUUUGAUACUUUACUAAAUUGUAACUAUAUUUUGCAUGGAUCAAGAGAAAACUAAUAUUACGGCGGUAUAUACAAACAUAAUUAUAUAAUUGAAAUUAUUUUAAGAACUUAUACAAUGUAUCAUCUUUUGAUUAAGAGUCUUUUCCGAAAAUGACCAAAAUAAGAAUAGAAAUGUUUUCUUAAUAAACCGAAUCUAGUUAAUCAAAACCAGUUAUAUUUCAGUUAAAUUAGUCUUUAAACGGUAUUCAAGCAAGUGUUUAUAUUACGUGAAAUUUAUAUUUAAACAUUUUAAACUUGAAUCUCCUGUCUUUGAUAGCUGAAACAGCAUUAAAAUUGUACUUAGAUAUAGUUUAUUUAAUUUUAUACAGAAACAUCACAUAGUUAAUAAGUAAAAAAAAUAUUUCUAGAUUGUAAAAUAGUGUAUGUGCCUUAAAGGUGUGUAGAAUAAAAAUUAAAUUAGUUUAUCUGACCUCUUUUCAAUGUUCUUUUAGAUUAAUAUGUGAAUCGCUUAAAGCCUACUUCCACAGAUGUCAACUGUUUUAUGAAAUGACUGCUUCAGCCUGAGUCGCGUAGUUAUCCAAGUGGAAAUAGACUGUAAAGGGCUUUCUCUUGUAUUUGUAUUGUUGUUUUAAUGUUAUUGUGAUAAGAGCCGACAUUCCGAGUGCCAUUCGUUGAACAGAGAUCACGGGAUUGAGCAAGUGUGUCAUCUAAAGAUAAUUUUCUCUAUGUAUAUCGUCUUACGAUAUUCAAUAAAUGCUUAUUAAGUUUUAA